AUGGAAUGGGCAUCCCUUCCAUUUCCAUUAUGCUUCAUGAGCUGAUCAAACUGCUGCACCACGCAAAAUGCCGGGACGUUACUAUUAUACGCAUCGGUACUUCUGGGGGCUUAGGGAUCGAGGCUGGGUCUGUUGUGAUCACCGACACGGCCGUGGACUCCUCCUUCCGGCCACGUUUUGAGCAGGUGGUGCUGGGCGAUGUGGUGGUGCGGAGCACCGAGCUGGACAAGGACCUUGCGGAGGAGCUGCUCGCCUGCAGCAGGGACAUCCCCGACUUCCCCACGCUCAUUGGCCACACCAUGUGCACCUACGACUUCUACGAAGGUCAGGGGAGAUUAGAUGGUGCAUUAUGCUCUUUUUCCAGUGAAAAAAAGUUGGAGUACUUAAGGAGGGCGUAUGAGGCCGGUGUGAGGAAUAUUGAGAUGGAGUCCAGUGCAUUCGCUGCCCUGUGUAGACUGUGUGGCCU